GCUGGCUUCGGACCGCUGGAUGAAUUCGCUGUACGCACGACCUUCCCAUUGAGCUCGGUACAAGACCGCAGUGGAGGCAUUGCAAUGUCCAUGAUUAAGUCCUUGUUCGCCAAGUGUGCCGGCUUCUCGGGUGGAAUCAUCAGCGGGAACAGCGAGUUUCCACAGUUUCUGAUCUUGGGCCUGGAAAGAUCCGGCAAAACCACCUUGCUCUACAGGCUGAAAAUUGGUUCUGGAUGGCAAGACAUCAAGGCAGAUAUGGAGCGAAUGAGGCAACCCAAUGAAGAUGGAAAGGUGGAGGAUCCGGGAUAUCACUACGAGGAGCUGAGUCGCUUCUUCUCGGUGGGUGUUUGGGAAGUGCCCGGCACAGAAGCCAUGAGGCAUCUGUGGAAGCUCUUCUACCACUCCAUCAAGAUCCAUUGUGUGAUCUUCGUGGUGGACGGAGCGGAGAGCGAAGACAGGAUCGAUGUGGCCAAACGGCACUUGCACGUGCUCAUGAAUGAGGCUGAGCUGAGGAAUACCUGUUUCUGUGUGGUGAUCAAUCAGAGACUGGAUGACAAAUUAAAUCCGGUCUAUGAUGAGAAGGAAGACGUGCUGAAGUACAAGUUGGGGUUGCACGAGCUGCAUCCCUCUAUCGACUGGAGAACCAAGCACUUCAUCAUUAACAUCCUGGAGCUCAAGGGCGAGUCUGACAAAGAAUGGGCGCAGGUGAUGAUGUUCGCCAAGGAAAUUCUCUCCAGUGGGAAGGGCUUCGGAUUGAAACUCUGAUCGCCACAGAACGGUGAGUUCAACAGUGAAGCUUAGAACAUCACCAUAAGGGGAGAUCAGUA